AUGACUCGAAAGGCCUUAAUCCUCCUACUGGGCCUGGUACUGCCAGCCCUGGGCGCAGUUCUGAGCGCUCCAGAGCAGGUUUCCAAUUCUAUCAUUCAGAAGCGUGAUCUCUCCGGGUCUUCCUACGUCUGGCUCAACGACAACACCGGUGAUCCGCAACAUAUGGCUUCCGGUGGUCGCUACGAGUACCUCAAGUCUGCAUACCAGGUCACACGCCGCCACGGGGGAAAUUUCCAAAUCAUGAUCCAUGACAUGUGGGGGACUGAUUCAUAUCCGAAUUUCGCCGAGACGCCGAUGCCGGGCGACGGAGGAAGCUACGCAGACUUUGACAACUUCCUUGACACGUUUUUUGCGCUGCUGAAACAAGAUGGCAUGGUCGACAACAUUUGGUGGGACCUUUGGAACGAGAUUGACAAUGUUGACUUCCUCGACCGAGGAAUAGACAGAUGGCUGGAGUACUGGGGUCAUGCAUACCAUAAGAUCAUGAGGGACUUUCCCAAUGCCAAGGUCAUUGGGCCGUCCUACGGUCAUCUGCCCAACUUUUCGCAAGGCGUCGAACACUAUUUCUCACGGUGGGCUGAGUUCAUCAAGUCGAACAAUUCCAUCCCAGACCAGAUCAGUCUUCAUUUCCUUUACGGGAACGGGGACUUAACUACCUCGCUCAACAGUUACCGUCAGUAUCUGAAUGCUGCUGGCGUUGACUUUCAGGGUAUCUGGAACGUCCAAGAGUACGGUCACCCGGAUCAGCAGGUUCCGUCCGGUCUCAUAUGGAACAUUGGCCAGCUGGAGCGACACAACGUGCCAGGUCUCCGGGCCAAUUGGCUAGGCGGUCAGGAACUCAACGACUAUCUGGCAUACCUCCUCGGAAAAGGCAAGACUGGUUCCAAUUAUGACAUGUAUGACACUAGUUAUCGGCCUGCUCGGGAGUACCCGGUGUACGUCUACUAUGCCCAGAGCAUGACGGGUUAUCGUGUACGCACCGAGAUGUCUGAGGACACGCUUGUGGAUACGUACGCUACCGUUGAUCCCAACCAGCGAGUCGUGCGUAUCUUGGCUGGAUGUCGUCCGAACACUGGCGUCUGGUUUGUCAAGAUUGGCGGACUGAGCGCCUUUGGUCUUCCCGAAUCUGGAUCACUGCCUAUCAAAGCGAUCCGGUUCAACACAGCUCCGGGUCGGUUUGAUCGUGUCGCCGAACCUGAUGAUCUCGGCUACACCAACUACAACUAUGGAGAUGGCAUCGUUAUCGUCGCCGUCUAUCAGAAUGACCCAGACGUCGGCUUUGCUUUCGAGUUCUCGUACUGA